AUGGCGGCAGAAGCAGUGCCACCACCGAGCUUCGAAGCUCAAGGUCAUGAGGAGUACAUCGAUUAUUCCGAAGAUGACGCAGCCGCCCCUGCCGUUGCAGCCCAGAACUCCAACCGCACCUCAUUUUCGGCCAACGCCCAUCUUGUCACUGAAAAUUACGAGGAGGCGGCAGCAUCCGUACAAAUAGACGGCCAAUCUAUCGAUUUGCAGGCAGCGGAGGUUACUGCAGUGGCCAGCGAUACCCUGCCGGAUGGCAGUGGUCAAGAUAUGGUUGAAGCAGGCAACUCCGAGAGUGUCACCAUGGCCAACCAAGCGCCUCAGGAUAUUGAAGACGUUUCAUUCAACGACAACGAAAUCAGCUGGGAAGAUGGCAAUGACGACCAAGUUGGAGACGCAAGCGAUGCCCACCUUGACGCCGAAAAGAGCGACUGGCAGCUUGUUGACGAUGAUAUACACUUGGCCGAGGAAGAAUCGGACCUGCCCAAAGGCAUAGCGGACAUUGAAGAGAAGCCACAAGGAGAUAAAGAAGAUGCCCACGAGUUCACUGGCAAUGCUGAGAACGUUCAUGAUAACGCCCCAGAAAUUAGUGGAGCAGAUGCCGAGCCACUUUCGCAAGAGCAGAUUUCUGACCUCCAAGGCGCCGACGCGGAUGGUGAUUUGCACGAGAUAGACUACUUCGAUGACAGCAACGCCGCUGUGGAUGUAUCCAUGGGCACAGCCGUCGAGAUGCAACCGGAAAUCAACGUUCUCGAUCAGGAGGACGUCAGAAGCACACAUUCAGACCACGAAGAUACGGAUCGUGUCAUUGAUGAAAAUGACGGAUCGUUCUCUACGCAUGAAGCAGAAGAUAGUGUUGUUGCGAUCGAAGAAGAAGAGGAAGAUGAUGCCCACAACCAAGACCUUAAUGGCCAGGCAAAUGAUGCAGAAGAGUACACGGCGACUGGCGAAGACACUUCAAUCCAUGAUCGCAUGGAUUAUGAAGAUGAGCUGCUUGCGAACGUCCAGUCACCGGACUCCGAUGAUGCACCGUCAAAUGAUGACACCGAGAUCCCCGCUGUCACUGUUUCGUACAAGGGUGUUGAAUAUCCCUUUUUUUACAACUCGCCAGACAGCGAAGGCAAGGAGUGCUUCUUUGACGAUCUGUCUCUUUUGCAUUGCAAGAUGGAAGGCGUGCUUGCAGGUUUCCGUCGUGAGCUUGCUAACGAACUGGGCCCCUUCGACGAACUGGUGUUCCAAAUUGACGAGCUGGGACUUGAGUUUGCCGAAUCUACCCAGCCAGAUUUGAUCUCUGAUAUCACCUUGGGUCAAGUCAUUUCCGUGUUUGAUUCUCUGGUCAAGAACCAGGAUGCCGAUGCGUCAAAGCCGUUGUAUGCCUUGCUAGUCACACGGCCAAACUGCAAGAAGAGGUGGCUAUCUCUCGUCGAUGAUGCCUACAAUGGCAAGGGACUUGACGAGGUGAGCUAUUACUUCGCAUCUCAGGCACAAAGCGAAAUGGCGGAGCCAGAGAUACUGGACGAUGAAUUGGGCAUGGUUGGAGAAGAUGACAACGCGGAUGCCACCGAUUGGCCUGACUCACCUGCCGAAAGCAAGCAUGACGACCAGGACGAUGCUCAAGCUCAAGACCUAGGUGAAGAUGUUCCUAGCGCCUUGGAAGAAGCAGCCAACGAAGAUGACGACGUUGGGACUGGUAUUGCUGACGAAGACGAUGAUGCCACGAAGGUCGACGAUACAAUUGAUGAGAGCGCCUUUGACGCAGAGCUUACCGCCGUUGUUGAAGACCUAGAGGGCGAGGCGACUAUGGUUGACACGGACAUCAACUUGUUGGAUGAAUCGACGGUGGUCGCAGACGCAGAUGUCGUCGAAAGCAACGCAAUGACAGAGGUGAUGGAGGACCAAGAGCCUCGGACAUCUGGGGAAAAUGGUAAUCCCGACUCUUCUUUAUCUGACCCCUGCUUUUAUCCCCAAUUCUGUCUCUGCGUUGAGUGUGCCUCAACCUACACCACAGAUGACAUGGCAGAUAACGACUACGCCUACGCAUCUCUGGUGCGGAAUACAAGGCAGACUGCUCAAAAUCACCAGUCAACACAAUUCCAUGUUCCUUUUCUGGAAGUUCCCAUUGAGCGCUUUCCCAGCUCUCAGAUUCGCCAUUUACAUUCUCGUUCGGAUGUUAGCAUGGCAUUUUCUUCAACAACAAACGCUGACGAUUCAUUCCAAGUACCAGAAAUCAACGACUCUAACCCACUUGUCAAUACGGAUGCGGAAGACGAAGUGGUCCUUCUCAACGCCGUUGAGAACGAUCCGCAGUGGCCGAAUGACGAAGACAGCGCAGCCCUCGUAGACCAAAUUAUCGAGGCUACCGAUGGAAAUGCGACGAACAAGGUAACCCCUAACACCAGCGCAACUUCAACCUUGAACGGCGAUGAAGUCACGUACGAAAACAACGAGCUCGAUAUGAACGCCGACGUGGGCGAGAACGACAUCAACGAGAACGACGGGGCCGACGUUGAAGGUCAGGACGACGAGUUGGAGGAGAUUGACUGGAGAGAGUUCCCUGGGCAAGGCGAUGACGAAGUUCUGGAGUCCCCUGCGGUCGUGGGCAAACGCCCCCGGUCGGAUGUGGACGACCUGCUGGAUGAUGAAGCUGAGAAAGACGUCAAGCGUCGUCGCUCUUGA